GUCGAGAGAGGGCGUUCUGUUGACAAUGCAAUGCGCCAAUAUAAUGUCUAGUGUAUGUUAUCUGUUGAGCGAUCGGUCGACAGAGUAGAAAAUGGAUUCACGAUUCUCUUGCCGAAGAAAUCAUUUUUAUUCCGGAUAAUUUAAGGAUAUAAUUCAGCAUACUGUCCAGACUUCGGAAAACUAGGAUCAGAGCUACAACAAGUGAAGAUCACAAGCAGAUUCCAUCUGAUAGUGUGCACCUUGUGCAACCAUGAACCAUGGGGACUUGUGUGAGCUUAGACCAAGAGCAGAAGAGGGCCCGUCAUCGCAGCGAAGAGAUAGACCGCAACUUGGUAGCUAUGGCUAGACAGGAAGAGAAUAUAGUCAAGAUCCUCUUACUAGGUGCUGGGGAAAGUGGAAAGAGUACCCUGGUGAAGCAAAUGAAAAUUAUACACAGUGACGGUUUCACAGAUUAUGAACUCAUGAGUUUCAAGCCUGCUGUCUUGGAUAAUCUACUGAAUUCCAUGAAGUACGUACUCAACGGGAUGGGCCUGUUACGAAUACCUCUUGCCAACUCUAGAAAUAAGUCCCAUGCACAAGCAAUCCUGCAGUGCCAUAGAUGUUUUGAUGAACACACCGUAAUGAAGCAUGACAUAGCCACUGCACUCAUUGCCUUGUGGAACGAUGCUGGAAUACGUCAAUGUGUUUCCAGAGGACAUGAAUAUGAACUCAAUGACUCUGCACUCUAUUAUUUUGAGAAUAUAGAAAGACUGACAUCUGAGAAAUACAAACCAGAUACUCAAGAUGUCCUGAGAGCUCGAGUCAGAACAACAGGGAUACUGGAAACACACUUCAAAAUAAGGGGUGUCAUAUUCAGGUUAUAUGAUGUCGGAGGUCAGAGGUCGGAGAGAAGGAAGUGGAUCCAGUGUUUUGACGAUGUCAAGGCAUUACUUUUUGUUGCUGCACUCAGUGGUUAUGAUAUGGUUCUCUUUGAAGACCCAGAAGUGAAUCGCUUGCAAGAGAGUCUGAAGCUGUUUGAAUCCAUCUGCAAUAACUGUUUCUUCCGUCAAACAACAAUGAUUCUCUUUCUCAACAAAGUGGAUUUGUUCCAGUACAAAAUUCUACACACAUCAAGGCAGCUUCAACAUUACUUCCCAGACUUCCAAGGCCCGGACUAUGACAUUGAUGCUGCAGCCAAGUACAUCCAAAGACGCUUCCAGCAGUGCAACCGCAACCCCAAGAAGGAAGUAUACCCCCAUUUCACCACAGCAACGGAUACUAGCAACAUGGAGGUGGUCUUUCAAGUGGUGACAAACACGAUCGUCAAAGACAAUCUUGAGGCUGCUGCCCUCGUGUGAUACCUAUAUUCACAGCCUUGCCAGCCUUGUUUGCAUUUGUUUACCAUGCAGUUUUGAUUCCUUCAGUUAUGUGAUCUGCAGGUUUUGUAACCAGUUGGUUAGUCCUGCAAAGUGACAUUGACUUCGGAAUGCCUGGGAUUACUCUGUUUUACUUUAAUUUGCGACCCUCAUGGAUGCAGUUACUGGUGCUUGUGGUCAUAUGCAUCUUUAAAAAAACUGUAUGUCAUAUCCUUUAUUUCAUUGAGCUGGGGCUGUGGUUCCACAAGGAUAUAUGCUGUCACCUAUGAUAUUUCGUGAGAUGUACAUAAUUAGUCAACAGGGUUGGUAAUAGUGAAGAAUCAUCAGGAAUUCUGGUACAAGACCCAUGCUUUCUGAGAUUGAUUGAUUGAUGACUGGUAAGAGAUUGUUGACUGCCGAUGCCUUUAAAAAAAAUUAUUUGGGUUGAAUUUUCUUGAAGGCCGUUUGCAAAGUGUGCACUAUCGAUGUAAAAAAUUACAUUUUCAUUGGAGGAUUCGUAUAACAUUUGAGUUUAUCAAUCAUAGUAAAUAAUCUAAGUUAAGAUAAUGAAUGGAGAUUCAUAAGAUCAUGAGUGUUAUGGGAGAAAUCUUUAAAGUGAUGUUUUAGCACAAAGUGUUCAGUCAAAAGCAAAUGAUUAAAAACUAAUAAGCAAACUUGUAUUCAUCAUGGUGCCGUCAUGUGACUAAUCAUCUGAUAUUCUUCAUAUUUUAAAAAAGAAUUAUGAGCACAAAUAUGAAAUGUUUUUAAACAAUAUUCAUAUUUUCAAGUCAACUUUUCAUAUGAUUAUAAAAACCUAAACGUUUUCAAGUGUUUCGUUGAUUUCAUUGCAACAACCCUCCCCCCUAAGAAAAAUGUACAUAUUUAUGUAGAGUUACCAUGGUGGCUUGCUUAUCAGUUAUGUAUGUAAAUAUUUGAUUUGAUUUGUUAUUUAUUUUUUUAUUUUCUUGAUUUUAUAUUUGAAUGUCAGAGAGCAAGGUACUAGCUUUCACUUCCAAGGUUAUCAUGGGUUAGCUUAUUGAUUAUUAAUCCAAUGGUAUUCACCCUUAUGUUUUUCACCUAGAUGCAAAUUGUUGUCAGUCAUACUUGAAUGGUUUAUGAAGUUGUGCUGAAAUGAAAUAGACAUCUAAUUUUGAUCUUUUGCAUAUAUGUAGAAGAUCCCAAUUAGAUGCCUAUAUUUCAGCAUGAAUUCUCCUUGAUUUCACUAAAUUUGUCUUUUAGAUUAUUAUGUCAUUAUUACUACAGAAUAUUUAAAAGUCCAUACAAAAUAAGCAUACUAUCUGUAGUUCUUCAAGUGAAAGCUAGUACCUCUUUCAUUCUCUAAACACUUUGUUGUGUAUUUGAUUUUUUUUUAAUACUUGCUGUGUGCCACAAUUUUGUAGACUAGAUGAACUAUUUUUUGUG